CGCUGAGCGGCGCUCACUUGGAGCGCAGCGAGCUAGCAAGACAAGCCUGAUUCCAUGUCCCCCGCUGCCACCCUGCCAGGCGUGCGAAGAUGAUGGCCAUGAACGCCAAGCAGCCUUUCGGCAUGCACCCUGUGCUGCAAGAACCCAAAUUCUCCAGCCUGCACUCCGGCUCCGAGGCCAUGCGCCGAGUCUGUCUCCCAGCCCCGCAGCUGCAGGGUAAUAUAUUUGGAAGCUUUGAUGAGAGCCUGCUGGCACGCGCAGAAGCUCUGGCGGCGGUGGAUAUCGUCUCCCACGGCAAGAACCAUCCGUUCAAGCCCGACGCCACCUACCAUACCAUGAGCAGCGUGCCCUGCACGUCCACCUCGUCCACCGUGCCCAUCUCCCACCCGGCCACGCUCACUUCACACCCGCACCACGCCGUGCACCAGGGCCUCGAAGGCGACCUGCUAGAGCACAUCUCGCCCACGCUGAGUGUGAGCGGCCUGGGCGCCCCGGAGCACUCGGUGAUGCCCGCGCAGAUCCAUCCACACCACCUGGGAGCCAUGGGCCACCUGCACCAGGCCAUGGGCAUGAGUCACCCGCAUGCCGUGGCGCCUCACAGCGCCAUGCCCGCGUGCCUCAGCGACGUAGAGUCAGACCCGCGUGAGCUGGAGGCCUUUGCCGAGCGCUUCAAGCAGCGGCGCAUCAAGCUGGGGGUGACCCAGGCGGACGUGGGUGCAGCUCUAGCCAAUCUCAAGAUCCCCGGCGUGGGCUCGCUCAGUCAGAGCACCAUCUGUAGGUUCGAGUCUCUCACCCUCUCGCACAACAACAUGAUCGCGCUCAAGCCGGUGCUGCAGGCUUGGCUGGAGGAGGCCGAGGCGGCCUACCGGGAGAAGAACAGCAAGCCGGAGCUCUUCAACGGCAGCGAGCGGAAGCGCAAACGCACGUCCAUCGCCGCGCCGGAGAAACGCUCACUGGAGGCCUACUUCGCCAUCCAGCCCCGUCCCUCCUCCGAGAAGAUAGCGGCCAUCGCUGAGAAACUGGACCUUAAAAAGAACGUGGUGAGGGUCUGGUUCUGCAACCAGAGACAGAAACAGAAACGAAUGAAAUACUCGGCUGUCCACUGACUGCGGUGGGGCGCCCCGUUGGGAGCCGGGAGAGCCUAGCGCACAUGCCCCCUGGGUUGGGGGGACGGUUAUGGGG